CAAAUGAAUAUUGAAUUCAAUACCAGCAUCUUAACAGACAGAUAUCCCUGGUACAAGACUGCUUAUGUAUUGAACAAAUUCAACCGAUCGGAAUUGCUAUACUGAUUCAAAUCCGGUUCUCUGGUGUCUUCCCCGCACCGGCGCGUCGCAGCUUAAGAUACCCAACGAGCACUCGAGUAGACAGCUGACUUUCUUCUGGGAGACGUUCAGUACCUCCAAUGGAUCUUCCCUGAGCUUGCUAUCCCGUCAACUUCCUCUUCAAAUUUGGACCCUUGUCAGUCCCCUCCGCACAUCAACCAAGCUAGCAAAUAAACCCAAUACACUUCUCUCCUUCCUUCCUUCCCAUCCUCCAUAUCACCAAUUCUAUCGUGAGAUCAACAUGUACCCCACAAACCGCCGCGGCCCCGGCCAAAACCCGCGCCACGCCCACGGCCAACAAACCCAACCCAUCCUAAUCGACGACGACGAAACAUACGACAUCAUCCGUCAACCACCCCGAAACCACCCACCCCCGCGCCAGCAACCCAUCACCAAUUUUGGCUACUACGACGACGGCGACCAAGACAUGGAUGAUGACGAGGACGAAGAUGACGAUGAUGGUGGAAUCGACUUUAACAUAAACAAUGAUCCUGAUGUCCUUCUCGAUCCGGAUAAUAAUGUAUCGUAUUCGCAUCUUCCAGCGCAUGAGCUUGUGAACUUUGCGCCGCAUAAUCAUCCGCGCCGGGCACAUCCUCACGCACUGCAACGACCACGUCCCCAAUCAGACUAUACAUAUACCUACUACGCACACACCCAAUCCCCAUCAAACCAACACAACAACAAACUCCGCACGCGCGCCCGCGAAGACCGCCAUGCAGCACUAUGCAUCCUUCUAGACCGUGAACUCCUCAUGCUCCAAGCGCUCUCGCACAACGAGACCCUCCCACAAGCGCGACGACGGUUCCUAAGUAAAAUGAUGGCACCGCAGGAUAACACGGAUGCGGGCGCGAUCAGGGCGGAAAGAUAUACGAUUCAUGUCCCCGGGAGUAACAGUGGGGGUGGGGCGGGUCAGUAUGUGACUGUGCCGAGGGGCGUGGUGGAUGUGUGUGAGAUGGGGGAUGAAGGGUGGGGGAAUAAGGAGGGGAGGAGCCAGCCUGCUUCGCCAGCGGCCUCGCCGUUUGGGAAAGUGAAGAGUCGGACGCCGACUCGUCCGAGAGCUUCGACACCGGGUUCUGCGAAUAGACGGAGGAGUGGUGCGAGGUAGAUCAUUAUAGGAUCGCGCCUACAAUGACUUCUUACAGGGGUAUUGAAUAACGAAAAGAUAUGUGUACAAGUGAAACCGAACAUGGCAAUUAACAUACUAUACAUACAUGCAUCAAACAUAAAAACAACCAAUAUAACAAAUAACCGA